GAGGGGGCGGGGCCGCGCGUCCCGGGCAUACGCAUGCGUGCACGCUGCCGGUCGGGCUGGGCUGAGAGGGGAGGGGGCGGCGGCGGCAGAGGCGGCAUCGUUAUUUCCGUGGUCCGGACAGUGCGUGGCGGCGCGGGUGACCACGGGAGAAGUAGGUAGGGACCGCCCCUGCGUAGCCAUUGAAACCCUCUCGCUCGUGUGUCCGAGAGCCGCAGCCCCCCGCGCGUGUGGCAGACCCUGGGGACCCCAGGUCACCCUGCGGCCCCGGCCCUCCCGCUGCGCGUCAGGUAGGAGCCGCGGGCUCCCCAGUGCCCGCUGUCGGCCGAGGCCCCACUCUUGCCCGGUGUUGCCGAGGCGACGACCCGGCGCCGGACGUGCCCGCCCUCCCGCGCGGCGACAGCUCUGUCCUUGCUUAUGCGCCCAGUGGGACCGGGGCUGGGCCGGGCUGACCCGGGCAGGGCGGAAGGGAAGCGUGUGCCCGCCUCAGGUGUGCCUCGGCCCUAGGCCCGGCCGGCGGGACCCUGCGGUGCCUGCCGGCUCCUCAUUGCUCCCGGCGAGGUUCUGCCUGGGUCUGGGCCGGCUCUGGCCCGGGAGAGGUCCCAGCGAGCUCUGGCCAGAUGAAGGGCUACCUUGAUUGACUUCGGUAGCUGCCGCAUGGGGUCCUGGGCUGUGAGAGGGGACCCUGAAUAGUGCCUUGGUCUUUUGUGGCUAUUAUUGAAAGUUGGAAGCUCUGGCUCUUUUCGGGCCAGAGGCAUAAUGGUUAUGAAAGCUUCUGUAGAUGAUGACGAUUCAGGAUGGGAGCUCAGUAUGCCAGAAAAAAUGGAGAAAAGCAAUACAAACUGGGUGGACAUUACCCAAGAUUUUGAAGAAGCUUGUCGAGAAUUAAAGUUGGGAGAACUACUUCAUGAUAAGCUAUUUGGUCUUUUUGAAGCCAUGUCUGCUAUUGAAAUGAUGGAUCCCAAGAUGGAUGCUGGCAUGAUUGGAAACCAAGUUAAUCGAAAAGUUCUCAAUUUUGAACAAGCUAUCAAGGAUGGCACUAUUAAAAUUAAAGAUCUCACCUUGCCUGAACUGAUAGGGAUUAUGGAUACAUGUUUUUGCUGUUUGAUAACGUGGUUAGAAGGCCAUUCACUGGCACAGACAGUAUUUACAUGCCUUUACAUUCAUAAUCCAGACUUUAUAGAAGAUCCUGCUAUGAAGGCUUUUGCUCUGGGAAUCUUGAAAAUCUGUGACAUUGCAAGGGAAAAAGUAAAUAAAGCUGCUGUUUUUGAAGAGGAAGAUUUUCAGUCAAUGACUUAUGGAUUUAAAAUGGCUAACAGUGUGACAGAUCUUCGAGUUACAGGCAUGCUAAAAGAUGUGGAGGAUGACAUGCAAAGAAGAGUAAAGAGUACUCGAAGUCGACAAGGAGAAGAAAGAGAUCCAGAAGUUGAACUAGAACACCAACAAUGUUUAGCAGUAUUCAGCAGAGUGAAAUUUACUCGUGUGUUACUGACAGUGCUUAUAGCCUUUACUAAGAAAGAGACCAGUGCUGUUGCAGAAGCUCAAAAAUUGAUGGUUCAAGCAGCAGAUCUUCUUUCUGCCAUUCAUAAUUCAUUGCAUCAUGGCAUCCAGGCCCAGAAUGAUACUACAAAAGGAGAUCAUCCAAUUAUGAUGGGUUUUGAACCCCUUGUGAACCAGAGGCUACUUCCACCUACCUUCCCUCGAUAUGCAAAAAUAAUUAAAAGGGAAGAAAUGGUGAACUAUUUUGCAAGAUUAAUAGAUAGAAUAAAAACUGUCUGUGAGGUUGUGAAUUUAACAAAUUUACAUUGUAUCCUGGAUUUUUUCUGUGAAUUUAGCGAACAGUCACCAUGUGUUCUUUCAAGAUCUCUGUUACAAACCACUUUCCUGGUGGAUAACAAAAAGGUCUUUGGAACUCAUCUCAUGCAAGACAUGGUGAAAGAUGCACUUCGGUCUUUUGUCAGUCCUCCGGUGCUUUCCCCCAAGUGCUACCUAUAUAAUAAUCACCAGGCUAAGGACUGUAUCGACUCCUUUGUUACUCACUGUGUUCGGCCAUUCUGUAGUCUUAUUCAGAUCCAUGGACAUAACAGGGCUCGACAGAGAGAUAAGCUUGGUCAUAUUCUUGAGGAAUUUGCUACCUUGCAGGAUGAGGCAGAGAAGGUUGAUGCAGCGCUUCACACCAUGCUGUUGAAACAGGAACCCCAAAGGCAACAUUUGGCCUGUUUAGGUACCUGGGUCCUUUACCAUAACCUUCGCAUUAUGAUACAGUACCUUCUAAGUGGCUUUGAAUUGGAACUCUACAGUAUGCACGAGUACUAUUACAUAUAUUGGUAUCUCUCUGAAUUCCUUUACGCAUGGUUGAUGUCAACAUUGAGUCGUGCCGAUGGCUCUCAAAUGGCAGAGGAAAGGAUAAUGGAAGAGCAGCAGAAAGGCCGUAGUAGUAAAAAAACAAAGAAAAAAAAGAAAGUUCGCCCAUUGAGCCGAGAGAUCACAAUGAGCCAAGCAUAUCAGAACAUGUGUGCUGGAAUGUUUAAAACCAUGGUAGCAUUUGACAUGGACGGCAAAGUACGUAAACCGAAGUUUGAGCUUGAUAGUGAACAAGUUCGGUAUGAACACAGGUUUGCUCCAUUCAACAGUGUGAUGACCCCGCCGCCAGUGCACUACUUACAGUUCAAGGAAAUGUCUGACCUCAAUAAAUAUAGCCCUCCUCCUCAGUCUCCUGAACUGUAUGUGGCAGCUAGUAAGCACUUUCAACAGGCAAAAAUGAUAUUGGAAAAUAUUCCUAACCCAGACCAUGAGGUUAAUAGAAUUUUAAAGGUUGCCAAACCCAACUUUGUGGUUAUGAAGUUAUUGGCAGGAGGACACAAAAAGGAAUCUAAAGUUCCUCCUGAAUUUGAUUUCUCUGCUCAUAAAUAUUUUCCUGUUGUGAAACUUGUUUGAGAGAGACUGGGAAGGUGGCCAUAAAGGGGCAGAGUCUUCUUUCAGACCCAACUCUUAGAGGGCACAUCACCAGGCUCCACAUCACGGGAAGUGAGAUGGAUUUCUUGGGUAACAACUCAUUAUAAGGAAUACUUUUAGUUUGACAGCCUUAUAUGACAUGAAUGAAAACUGCUGUUUUAAAGUGGUUUAUUAUGUUCCAUGGAAGAAACUGGUCUUAUUGAAUGCAUUGAUGAACGUUAUAUGGUUUUAUUACAGAUUUAAUCACAAAUCAUUUUUUAUGAAUGAUUGAGUGAAAAUAGUGUUUAUAAAGGUUAAUAAAUUUCUUGACAAAAAAAAAAAAAA